UAAUCAAUCCAUAGUAGUGGUUGGUCCACGUGUCAUACACCCAGGUCAGGUCAGCACGCCUCACUCUCGCCGGCCGAACGGCCUGACUCGCUCGGUCGCUCCAUUUCGCUCGUUUGCUCUCCCCGCUCCCCGUCGACGGCGAGCGCCGGCGGAGGUUGCGCUCGAGCGCCGCCGCCACCACCGCCCUCCGGCGCGGAGUGGAUUCGCGCGUGAAGUAGAUCCCGUCAGAUCCUGUAUUCCCUCUUGGCGCGCGACAUGGAGCUGAGCCCAGUCAGUUCGUCGCUGGGCGCCAUGGGCUCGCUACCACGGAAGCUCGACGAGCUCCUGGCGACCGGCCACUGGGCUCUGCAGGGGGCCGUGAUCCUGGAUGGGAUCAGGCACCUGGCCGCCGACCUCCACGAGCUGCAGAGCCUCCUGCUGAACCUCUCGAACGCGCAGGACCCUCCCGUGGCGGCGGGGUGCUGGAUGAAGGAGGUGCGCGAGCUGUCCUACGACGUGGAGGACUGCGCCGACCGAUUCGUCCACGCCGCCGAGACACGCAGGCGACCUGCUCGGCGUAAUGCCAGCGUCGCCCGGCUGAAGAUCAGCCGCCUUCCGAGGAGGCGGAGGUGGCUCCCAUGGAUCAACGGCAGGGUCCUGGAGUUCAGGACCCGAGCGCAGGAAGCGAGCGAGAGGUACUGGAGGUACCACUUCGAUGAUUGCGCCUCCGGUCCUGAAUACUCUCCUCCUGCUGCUGGCCGCGCUGUGGGCGCGGAGCCUGGUGAUCAUGUCGGCAUGGAAGGCCCUGUGGGUGAGCUCGGCCGGUGGCUGACUGAUGGAGAGGAGCAGCUCAAGGUGGUAGCAAUCGUCGGUGUUGCAGGGAUCGGUAAAACCACGCUUGCCCUGAAAUUGUGGGGUAAGCUCCAGGGACAGUUCGAGUGCGUCGCCUUUGUGCGGACAGCACAAAAGCCCAAUAUGAGGGGGAUCAUCAGCAGCAUACUCUCGCAAGUUCGUCCGCACCAACCGCCGGACCCUGCCGACAUGCACCACCUGAUCCGUGAUCUCAAAGAACAUCUACAAGAUAAGAGGUACUUCAUUGUAAUUGAUGACCUGUGGGCUACAUCAGUGUGGGAUGUUCUUAGUCGCGCUUUUCCAGAGGGUAGUUCAUGCAGUAAUGUAACUACGACAGAAAUUAUGGAAGUAGCUCAGGCAUGCUGUGGUUAUCGUCCUGACCAUAUUUUUCAGAUGGAAUUUCUUAGUGACGACGACUCACAAAAAUUAUUGCUCCAAAGAAUUUUCUCAGAAAAUCAAAGUCCUCGACGUUUCGAUCACAUUUUACCUCAUAUUUUGAGAAAAUGUGGUGGUUUGCCACUAGCAAUCAUCAUGGUAGCCAGCCUUUUAGCAAGCCGACCUGAGAAACUAGAUCAACUGGGCUUUGUGCAGAGUUCUCUUGGUUCAAAUAUGCGGCUGCAGGCACAUCCUACCAUGGAAAGGUUUAUGGAACAAUUAUUGAAUGUUAGGUUCGAUUGUCUUCCACAUUAUUUGAAGACUUGCCUGCUUUAUCUUAGUACAUGUCCAGAGGGCUACAUAUUCUUGAAGGAUGAUUUGGUGAAGCAAUGGCUAGCUGAGGAUUUUAUAUGUGCACAAUUAGGGAAAGACAUGGAGGAAGUUGCUAGAAGCUAUUUUGAUGAGCUUGUCAAUAUGGGCCUGAUCCAAGUUAUGGAUAACAACUACAGUUAUGAACUAUUGUCUUAUUCAGUCCACCACAUGGUUCUUCAUCUUAUUGCAUACAAGUCUAUUGAAGAGAACUUUGUCACUGUAGUGGAUUAUUCUCAAACAGCAAUACUACUUCCUGAUAAAGUUCGUCGAUUGUCACUGCACUUUGGCAGUGCAACAUAUGCAACUACACCAGCAAGUACCAGAUUAUCACAAGUUCGAUCACUCUUCUUUUUUGGACUGUUUAACUGCAUGCCUUCAUUGAUGGUGUUUAAGUUCCUUCGAGUUCUAAACCUUCAUCUUUGGGGUGAUCUUGGAAAUACGAGUUUUGACCUUACAAGAAUUUGUGAACUGUUUCGGUUGAGAUAUUUGCAGGUCACAUGUAAUGCCAUUGUGAAGUUACCAGAUCAGAUUGAAGCUAUGAAACACUUGGAAACACUGGAAAUAAAUUCAAGAGUAUGCGCUAUUCCACCGGACAUUGUUUGCCUUCCGAGCUUGUUGCAUCUCUGUCUUCGAGGUGGAACAAAUCUACCUGACGGGAUUGGCCAUAUAAGAUCUCUACGUACACUAAAGUAUUUUGACCUUGGUGAUAACUCUGAAGACAAUUUAUGGAGCCUUGGCGAGCUAACAAACCUGCGGGAUCUACAUUUCACAUAUUCUAGAUUACCAUCUAGUGAACAUUUGAAGAGAAAUCUGAUAGCUUUGGCCUCUUCACUUGGGAAACUCUGUAACCUCAAAUCUGUCACUCUGGCUCCUGGUACUGCAGGUAUCGUUGUUCUCGUUGAUGGCUCGAGCAGCAUGUCCUCUGCUCCAGUCUUCCUUGAGAGACUUGAGCUGUUGCCACCCAUAUGCAUCUUUUCCAGACUUCCCAAGUGGAUUGGACAACUCCGCAAAAUCUGCAUUGUGAAAGUUGCUGUUAAAGAACUGCUAGCGAAUGACAUUGAUAUCCUCACAGGAUUACCUUCCCUCACAGUCCUCUCAUUGUGUGUCCAGACAGCCCCUGAGGGAGGAAUCAUCUUCAAUGAAGGGGCGCUCCCAGUUCUCAAGUAUUUCGAGUUUAGGUGUGGCGUACUUUGUCUCGCUUUCAUGGUAGGUGCAAUACCCAAUCUUCAGAGGCUCAGGCUAGCUUUCAAUACUCAUACCAGGGAGAAGUACAGCAAUAUGCUUGCCGGAAUCGAGCACCUUAUAAACCUCCAGGACGUCACUGGACGAAUUGGGGUAGUCACCAAAUUUGACAGAAGGGCUGCUGAAUCAGCAUUCAAGGAAGCCAUUAGCAAGCAUCCAAUGUGCCCUACAUCUAGUGUACAAUGGCUGGAUCCAGUUGAGAAAUUAUUUCGUCCUUCAGAAAAACAGCGUUUGAGGCGAGAAAGAGGCCCGUCAGAUGAAAAGCAUCGUGGUCUAGAGAAAGCCGAAGAUGCGAUCAAACAUGCUAAGACAGGUAAAACUUCUUCCGCUGGGCUGGAUCAGGACCGCGCCGUUGAGGCCUACAGAAACUCUUGUUCAGGUCCUUUUUUUCUUCAAAAGCGUGUUAGAACGCGCUACUUUUGCAUUACAAGAAAGGCCACCAAAAUGGGACAAAGCUACAGAACCACCAAGAGUAGCACUGACCGAACUGAGAGCAAGAAAGAGCAGCAAAACCUAGAGACACCGCUAAAUUAUGCACAAAGGAAAAACCAACAGCAAAGCUCUCAUUCAAGUGCUUUGGAUGGGAAUAGGACAGAGGAUGCAAAGUUGUUCAAUACCACUUCUUCAUCACCAAAUUUGCAAAGCAUUCUAGCUAGUAAUCAGAAUGUAGCUGCUGAACCUGAAGAGCAGAUGUUGCCAGACACCAUGAAACAAGAGUUUCUGGAUAGCAGCCAGUCUGGGGAGCAGAUUGCUGCUGAAACUGGUGUGCAUUCACAGGUCUCUACUCUCUCAUCGCGUUCUCUCUUGCCAACAAGGCACCACAAAGAAGGAGAGCCUGCUUCUAGGCUCAACUUAGCUGGAGAAGGUACGGAGAUGAGCUCAAACAUCAUUCGGAAGCAGGAUAUUCUUGCUAAGGUUAAAGAACAGGAAGAACAAAUUGCUCGUUUAAGAGUGCAACUUGUUGACUACUCAGUGAAGGAAUCCCAAAUACUUAAUGACAAACUUGUUUUGGAAAAACGCAUUGCGCAUAUGCGAAUGGAAUUUGAUCAACAGCAACAAGAUCUUGUUGAUGCCGCAUCAAAAGCUUUAUCUUACAGACAAGACAUUAUGGAAGAAAACCUCCGUCUGACACACUCAUUACAGGCAGCACGUCGAAGGAGAUCAACUUUCGUAUCUUCUUUGUUGCCUCUUCUAUCAGCACAUAACCUGCAGCCUUCUGUUCCCGAUGCUCAAUCAAUUGUUGGCAAUCUGAAGGUUUUGUUUACUCAUUCGCAAGAGAAACUCGCUAUUACUGAGGAGAAACAGAAGAAAUCACAGUACCAGAUUGCUCGGCGUGCUGAAUCUUCAAAUAAUACGGCACAAUCACCUUCUCAUCCUGCUCGAAAUACGCUGGUUGCUUCUAGCCAAGCCAGCCUUGGCAUUGUGCCCCAGCAAGCAUAUUCUCAUGCAGAGUCUCCAAUUUCUUAUCCCGUUCGAGCUAGACGGGAUUGGGAUUUAUUGGCAAAUGAGAACCGUCAGAUCCUCCCAACCAAGGCUGCUCUGACAGACACAGAGCAUGACAAUGCUGGAAGGACCUCUCCUCCAAGAAGCAACCAAUUUACCAAGUAUGGUGUAGCAAAAGAAACUGAGCAUGAAUCUUGUGCUGGACGAUCCCGUGCUGUACGAUUUAACUUUGAAUCCAAGGAUCAAAACCCAUCAUUCAAGGACCCUGUUGGGGGUGAUGUAACAAAAAAUCUAGAAGGAGCUGAAACCCAAACUUCACGAGAAUCUCCUGCGGAGUGGACUCCUCAAGGCCCACCUCAUUUGGCAUCUGGCCUUGACGGUGGGAACCUGUCUUACCCUUAUCUUCCUACUGUCCUUGAGGAGCCUAGUUCUUCUUUCCCUGAAGCUGUGGAGGAUGACCCACUGCCAGCCAUAGAUGGGCUAAGAAUCACAGGUGAAGCUUUUCCUGGAAGUGAACUUCAAGCAAGUGGGUAUUCCAGCAAUGGGACCACAAGUUGUUAUUUUGAGUGGGUACGCCAUUUGGAAGAUGGAUCGGUAAAUUACAUAGAAGGUGCAAAGCAACCCACAUAUUUAGUUACUGCUGAUGAUGUGGACUCUUUACUAGCCAUAGAGGUCCAGCCUCUAGAUGACAGAAAAAGGAAGGGGGAGAUCGUGAAGGUUUAUGCUAAUGAGCAGAGAAAAAUUACUUGCAAUCCUGAAAUGAAGGAGCUCAUCGAGAAAAUUCUUUCAAUUGGGCAUGUGUCUUAUGAAGUUCUGCUACCUGUUAAAUUUAUAAAUAUGUGGGAUUCUGCCUUAUUGGCAAUAAACAGGGAAGGUUACAGCAUUAAGUAUAAUGGACGGCGUGGUGUUGUUAUGACAGAGAAAUUCCGGCAAGCUACGACUAUCAAUAUUCCAUAUGGGCGUCCGACUGAAUUUUCAAUCCAGUCUGCUAAGGGUGCUCAGUAUAAUCUCAAGCCUGCAAAAAGUUCCCCAUCACGAGAUGCCAUCGUUCUAAUACUGAGGCUGUACAGAAUGAAGGCUCUUGAGAAGAGCAAGGGAAGGAAAAAGGGGAUCUUCUUCAAGUAGAGUAGAGUACGGUGAGUUCAAGACGCUGUACUGUUUUUCCCGUAGAAAAGAAGCCGUGGCGUACUCCCCCAUCAUGUCAGAUCCACAGAAAAGAAGCUGUGGACCAAACAAUCGGAGCACAAGAAUUCAGGAAAAUUGCUCAAUUCGGGAGGAAUUCUAUAUACAUUGUACUAUAGAGUGUAUAUGUUCUAUAUACAUUGUACUAAAAAUAGCAACUGAGAUGAAUAAGCAGGCAAUCAGCUACAGCCCAGCCUCUUAUAGGCGUCAUAGGUGAAAGAUAUUACACAAAGGUAAUAAGUGGUGAAGUGGGUAGACAAUUACUUUAUUAAUGUGAAACAACAUUUAAAGGGAUA